GGAACAUUAAGAUAUAUGUUAUAAACAGUAGUAUUAUCAGUAAUUCAAAAAUUAAACCAUUCUAAUAAGUACAUUUUAUAUUUGUAUUUCAAAACAUAGGUGAGCUGGCUUGGUUUGUAAUGACCGCCAUUAUUGAAGAGAAACAGGAAGCGAACAAGAAAUAGAAUAUUUAUCUCAACAACGCUGUGUAUCAUCAUGUCGAACAUAUUAUUUACAUUAUUAUUAGUUUUAUCACUUGGUGAUUUUAUAUCUUCUCAAGAUGUCAGCUUUGCUACUGCAGGACUUGUUAAUUAUAAACUACAAAAACUUAAAUUUUCAUGUAGUCCAUCUGCUCAAUCAUUGUGGAAUGGUAUAACUCACAUCACAAUUUCACAGAAUUCCUCAUCAGGAUUUCAGGAUAUUGUAUCUGUUGUUUUUGACUUUAAGACUUUAAAAAACGUUACAAUUUGGAAAAAGACAAGUUGGAGAAAUCGUGCUACUAUCAUAAGAGAAUAUGUUGCUCCAGUAACAACGAACACAGGAUUAGAAUUUGAUAUCCCAGCUGAACAAGUACAAUGUUCAGAUGAAGGAACAUAUCGUUGCAAGAUUAUUGGUUCUUCCACCAACAAUAACCAACCAAUUGAUAUAGAUAAAUUUGGAACUGUUCAGUUAAGUGUGAAACCAACAGCUAUUGAUCAAAUGACAGUCAGUCCACAACAACCAGAAGGAAUUUAUACUCCAUAUACCUUGGUGCAGUUGAUGUGUACAGGAGAAGUUGGAAAUCCUGCUCAAUUUUUAAGAUGGUGUUAUAGGAGACCAACUGACCAAAGUUUUCUUGGUUGGUAUGACAAUACAAAUAUUGACCCUGGAACAGAAUUCCUACAAGACUGCAUGUACAGACGAACAAGUACUUUGAGAUACAACGUAUCAGCUGCUGACGAAUACACAGAAUUCCGAUGUGAAACCGGUGGUGAUUCUAAUGUAUGUAACCGUCCAUCUUCAAUAUCAACUAAUGUCACCAUUUUUAGAUAUACGGCACCAACUCGAGACCCCCAAGGCCCUGGAGACACAGUUGAUGCUGGAACAAUUGCAGGAGCAAUAAUUGGAUCAUUCGUUGGAAUCAUACUCAUCGUAGUUAUUGUGUACUUUGUGGCCUUCAGAAAGAAGAACGAAGGAGAAACAUAUCGAACAAAAGAAGAAAACGGCAGAACUGGUAGUGCCCCAAUAGAUAAUACUGUGUAUAGUGUUCCCAACAAAGAACAAAGGCAUGGAGAUAGAGAUAGAUCACCAAGAGACAAGUCUCCAAGACAGUACGAGAACCGUGGACUGGAUGAACCACACACGAAAGGCUACACCAAUGAUCCUAGAGGUCGUAGUAACCCUGGAAUGGAUAGGUCAUUUGAUGAUGUCAGAGAUGGUAACAUGAAGUCCAGCCGAGGGCCAAUGAUGGGAUCUAAUGCCUCAUUUGGAUCUGCCGUGUAGAACGAAGAUGUCAUAGGAUUUAACAAUUUAAACUAACACAGAAGGAUUAUAAAGGGGAUAGUAGUAUACUAACAAAGAUUGAUAUGGGACUACUGAGUCAGGCCAAGGCAUUGCACAGCAUGAUAAUGUUGAUUUGGAAGUAAUCUUUUAAAUUUCAAGUUGGCCAGUUAGUCACUGCUAUGUUUCUUGGACUACUUUCAAUUUCUUAUGUGAAUUUGUAAAAAAUAUUUCGAAACACAAGCUGGCCAUAAUUUUGUUGGUGAGGCUUCAAAACUGUCAUUCAAUAAUUGUGUUAUUUUUUUCGUUAACACACCUUCAAUUCCUGGUAGCAAAAAUGAAUUAAAGGAAAAUCAGAAUUUGAAUACCUACAAAAUUGGAAAACAGAAAAUAAAUUUUUGCUCUUAAUUGUAAGAUAUAAAAUUGUGAUAAUGACAAAGUAGGCCAGGCAAAGUCAGUAUACUAUCAGAAGUAGAUUAGGUCAAACCAUAUGAUUUACCGGUAUUGUUGCUUUAGAUUUAUAUUUGUAUAAUUUGUACAAAAUUUCUGUAUACCAUGUACAUUCCAGAUAUUUGUUUGAAUCUUUGUUGAAUCUUUGUUGAUUGUUAGUGAUUAUGUUUCCAUGGUAACAUGUUUGAUUGUUAAAACAUUCCAAUAUUUGUACAAAACCAUGAUUAGAAGGCAGCAAAAUGACAGGUGUAAAUGUAAAAGGCUCAUAUCUAUUUUAUUUGAAAUAGUUUCGUAAUAAAAAAAAUCCUAAAAGGGAACAUUUAAGUGUAUCCUAGCAACAAAAAACUUUGUUUAUAAAGCAAAAACAAAGCAUUUACUAGCUAGAUAAAUAACCUUGGCCAAAAAUGAGCAAUGUUAACAAAAUUUUGAAAUAACCUUCAUUUGUAAAAACUCAAACCUGACAUUUGUAGAUAGCAUAACUUGAGUGUCCUAUUUAUAGACAUAUCAUUACCAUAAUUCUGCGGGUUGAAUUUAUUAUAUACAUUUAUUUACUGUACAUUACUGGAAGUGCAAUUAGAAUUAACUUUUAUGUAGAUUUUUAUCAUUCCAAUUAAGUGCUUAAAGAAUUUUUAUUUAUUUUAACUUGAUGGAGAGAAACAGACAGUUUGUUGCUCAUUAUCCCUAAUACAAUUUAUAUUUAGACAUACUGUCUAUUUUUCAGUUAGAGGUUAGUGCAAGGCCGUCUUACCUCAUUAUUUUAAAAUUUGAGGACAAAUAUAUCAAGACUGUUUAAAGGGCUAUUCAAGAUUUUCCUGUGCAUUCCCAAUUGUUAUAAUUCUGAAAAAUGCUUUUAAGUCAAUUAUGAAUUGAUGUAGUUUCAAUUCGUUGAAAGAGUCUUAGUUUUAAGAUUUUCUUUGUUAAAAUUUUUAAAAAGCUGUGUUGGUAAUUUUACGGGUGAAUUGGUAUUUAAUUUGAGAUACUAUAGAUCUGACAAAAAAUUGAUUCUUUAUAUAAUUCAAAUUUUCCCAUUUAGAAAAAAAAAGCAAAGAUACAUUUCAGUGCUUCUUUGAACCUUUAAAUUUGUUAAAAAUGGGGAAAAAAUUAUGUAUUAUACAAAUAUUUAUCCCAGUUUUUUUACGUCCAGUGUAAAGGCCUUCAUAAUGUGUAAUUAUUAAAGCCUUGAUUAUGUUGAUGUUAUGUUAAAGAAACUUCUUAAAGGACAUGUCAGCUUUUUGCGAUUAAUACAAAAAUUUAAUGAACAUUUUGGCUAAAUCAAAAGGUGCACAUGUGUUACCUAAAAAUAUGUUAUCAGUGAAUACAUUACAAAAUGUACUUCCAAUAUUUAUAUCUUUCCCAGGAUUGUGCCCUAUCUUAUUUCUCUAUAUGAACAAAUUGGUCUAGAUUUGACUGAAUUAACUUUUACUUCAUUAGUGUAAUACACAUUAAAGGGACAUAAUUCAAACCAAAACUGACAUUAAUCUGAAAAGUUUCAUACAACUAAUGUUUUAUUUUUCAAAUUGAAAUAUUUUUGAUUGUAUGACCAAUUUGGCCCUAAUCAUGCAUACUAUGUUGCAAUUAAUUUAGAUAAAUAUAUGUCGGGUUGUUGUCUCUUUUACACAUUCCACAUUUCCAUACUCAAUUUUAUAUACAUGAAAGUCUUGAAAAUUUAACAUAUUGAAAGGAAAAGGGAAAAGUAGCAAUCAAAUACUAAUUAUGAUGAUAAAAAUUUGAAAUUGGAAUAUUAAACGGAUGAAUAAAAAACAUAAGCAAGACAAUUUGUCUAUUUAUAGAAUUAAUUUGAAUUAUAUAGAUUAGGCCUUCACUGUAAUGAAUGUAAACUACAAUUAAAUGUGUUAUAAAUAUUAUAUAACAGUCGGUAAUUAAUUCAAUUGAUUCUUUGUAUCUCACCACAAUCAAGACACAAUUAUAUUUUAGUAGCUAGACGUAUUGGGUUGUGAUGUUGUAAUUAGCAAAUCCAUGUCAUUGUAUAUAGAAAACAUUAUAUCAAUCAAAUUUUUAUAUAUUUGUAUAAUUAUGUCCAUUUAUUCUGUGAUUUAUUUUAACAUUAUGCAACUAUCUGAUCAUCUAAGUCAUAUUGACUAUAAAUCUAUAUAUUUCUAUGAUCAAUAUUUCCCUAUAAAUUUCUUAAGGGGAGAUUUGAUAGGAAAUAGUCUUAUUUACAGGGAACACAUCUCAUAUGCCUGUAAAUAUGCUGUAUAUCUAUGUAGUAUUGCAUCUCCCAUGAAAAAAAACAUAUUAACCCUGCCCUGUGAAUAAGUUCUGCAAAUAUCUUGGUCCAAAAACAUACAUGAAAACUGCAUUCACAAUAUUGUUACAACUUAAAACAAUAUUGUGAAAAUAUUUUCUCUCUUCAAGCUCUUUAUUAGUAAUCUAGCUUAGAUAAGUUUGCAGAAAUUUAACUUAGGUUUAUUAUAGCUUUGUAUCUGCUACCAUCUGAUAUUUUUUUAUAUAAUUGCCAGUAUAUCCUAACGAUAUUAAUUGAUACUUCAAGAAAACGAAAUGUUUCAUAGAUUUGAUGUUACUAUUCUUUUCCAAGAAGAAAAAUAGUUUAAAAGCCCUUUUUCUGUCGUAUAUUUAAAUGGAUCAAUAUCAUGAAGCUAAACUGAAUUAAGAAGAUAGUUGCAAAAUGUUAAUUAUGAGGUUGUGAAUUAUCAAAUUGUUGAAAUUUAUUUUUCUAGAAAAUUCAAUUAGCAAGAUUAAUGUAUGAAUGAAACAUAAAAUUCAUUUGCAUAUUUCAUUUCUGAAUUUACCUAGGGGAAAGAUAAAAAAAAACAGUAAAUGGUCACAAAAGACAAUAAUAACGAAAACAAUAGAAUUGUUUCUACAGGUUUUACAAUAGUUUUUCGGCAUAAGAAGAAAUUAAUUACUCGGUUAAUAGUAGAAUAUUUACUCAGGCAGUGUAAGAACAAUACUCUUGCUUUUAGAUUUGAGUAAAAGAUUUUCAGAAUAAUUGAUUUAUUUUCUUUUAAGUGUCAAGAAAUGUACACAUGUGAUGAACAUAAAGUUUUGAACAGAUCUCCUUUAAGGCUAACACCUUGAUGUCAACUUAAAGGACACGGAUUGCAUUGAUGCAGUUUAAUAUCCGUCAUGUAAACCAAAUAUUCUACUUGAGUUGUAAUAUGCAUUUCCAAAGAAUAAGGUCUAGAUUGAAAUUGCUUUGGUAAACUAUUUUUAUAUCAGAGAGAGAGGAUGCUAUUUUAGUUUGUUGAAAGUGCCAAAGAUAUCCACACGUAAACAUGACUUAAUGUCCAGUUCAUCUUUAAGCUACCUGAUAUAUUACAUUCAAAAGUUGACUAGUAAGUCCUGAAAUACACAUUUUAUGGUAGAAAAAUCUCACGAUAUAGGUGAAUAUUUAAGACAGAAAAAUAAGGAGAUGUAUAUGUGCCAUAAUUAGAACCUUACAUAGGGAGAAGGAUUUGUAUACUUUUAUCAUUAGUAUGACUGUGUGUGUAUGAGAGAAAUUAUUGUUAACAAUCUAUAUAUAUAUCUUUAAUCUUGUUAUGAUUAGUUGAGAGGUUGUAUUAUAUUUUAAUUAUAGAAUGUGAAAAAAAAACACUUUUGAGAAUUCAAAUUUCUUUUAUGUUUACAUGUUUAUUUUUUUUGUCACCAAAAUUAUUGAAUGAGAAAUGGUUGUGUAGAUUUAGAAUUUUAUUCUUCCCUCUCUCCCUUUUCUUUUCCACAUUUUAUUAAUUUUUAUGAAUGAAAGUGUAAUUUCUUGUUAUUUUGUACACUGCUUUUACAAAUAAAAUUGUAGCCAAUCAGAGAA